AUGCCCAAGAACAAAGAUGGCGAUGUAGUCGAAAUACCUCCAAAAGAUGAGGAAGAACUCAUAUUAGAGAAAUUGGUUUUUGGAGACCUUGCUGGGUUAGAAAGCAAUUUGCGAAAAGUUGACAAUUUGUAUGAUUUCGAUGACGAAGAAGAAGUGGUUGAUGAAAUCGACAAUGUCGACGAUGAUAAUGGGGAUGACAGUGAUGGAUUAGAUGAUGUACAAGAUGAAGACUUGUUUUAUAUUGAUGAAGGAGUACAAGGUGAUGAUGAUAGUGAACGUAUGGAUGAGGAUGUUUCAUCAGCUAGUGACAAUGAUGACGAAUCAGAAGAUGAUGAACUUGGAGAUCAAGAUUAUGCUUGGGUCGAUAGUGAUGAUGAGAAAUUGAACGUGUCCCUAACUUCAUCGGAUCGGUUAAAGAAAUUAAGAAAGACUCCCGAUGAUGAUUUUAUAAGUGGCAGAGCAUACAUGCUUAGGCUACGAUCGCAAUUUGAGAAGAUAUACCCACGACCAAUAUGGGCUGAUCAACUAGGUCAAGACAAGGAGGAAGGAAAUAGUUCAGAUGAUGAUAUAAUACUUGACAAUGGCGAUGAAGAAAAUGAUGAGGAACAAAACAAUCAUCAACAGAAUGGCAAUCAAACUGCCGCAUUAUCAAAACUUCUAUCAUCGACGCAUCAAUUUGUCAUUACAAAGCAAUUGAAAUUGAUUUCACCAUCAAGAAUCUCGAUAACAAGGUUAAAAGAUGCAAAUUAUCAAAAAUUGUCCAAAGGUGCCGUGCAAGCAAUAUCGUUCCAUCCAACCCAUCCAAUCUUACUCACUGCUGGAUUCGACAAAACUAUCAGGCUUUACCAAAUCGACGGCAAGACCAACAAUUUCAUCACCUCAUACUUCUUAAAAAACUGUCCCAUUAUGAAUUCUCAAUUUUUGCCUCAAGGGGACAAGAAUAUAAUCUAUGCUGCUGGAAGAAGGAAAUACAUGAAUAAGAUUAAUUUAUCCACUGGAGAAAUUUCCAAAAUGAGUCGUAUGUAUGGCCAUGAAAAAGUGCAGAAGUCAUUUGAAAGUUUUAAAUUGAGUCCUCGUGGUUCAUUUAUUGGAUUGAUUGGUAAUUCAGGAUGGUUCAACUUAAUAAACGGAACCACGGGACAAUGGAUCAAGGGAUUCAAGAUUGAAGGCACUGUAGUGGAUUUUGAUUUUGCAUUGGAUGAAUCAUUUGUAAUUGUUGUUAAUUCAGCUGGUGAUGUUUGGGAAUUUGGGUUGAUGGGAGGUAAACUUUCAUCCAAGUCUGAAAAUAAAAUUAUACGUAAAUGGUCCGACGAUGGGGGUGUUGGUGUAACCAAGAUCAAAUUGGGUGGGAGAAAUAAUAGCACGAGAUGGGUGGCUAUUGGUUCCAAUACUGGGGUCGUUAACCUCUAUGAUCGACAACAAUUUGAUUCCCAAGUGCAACAACAACAACAACCAAAACCGUUCAAGACGGUUGAAAAUCUAGUUACUUCCAUUUCUUCACUUGUUUUCAACAACGAUGGACAAGUGUUGGCUAUUGCAUCUAGGGGAAAACGAGAUGCAUUUAAAUUGGUUCAUUUACCUUCGGGAGCCGUAUACAGCAAUUGGCCCACUAGUGGUACACCAUUAGGAAAAGUCACCAGUGUUGAGUUUUCACCAAAUAAUGAGAUCCUAGCUAUUGGUAAUGAGGCAGGAAAGGUUACUCUUUGGAGGUUGAAUCAUUAUUAA